AUGCAAAACAGUGUUCCAUCACGAAUCCCAAACCUCGAUACCAUUCUUCGAGCCCAAUCGUUGGCUCCAUACUCACUUCAUGAAUUCCAAGUGUUUCUUAAAAAAUCCCGGUGCUUUGAAAAUUAUGAGUUCAUCCAAGAAUUAGACUCACUUCAUCAACUCCCCAACAUCUCGGCCAAAAAAAUUGAAUGGCUAAGGAUUCUUCGAUGUUACGUCGAGGUGUUUUCAGAAUUUGAAAUCAACUUGAAUGGCGAACUACGCAGCAAGUUGUUGGGCAACUUUGAUUUUUUCAAUAACGAUUAUUCUCAACCAGAAGACUUGGGAAGAUUGGAUCUUCCGGAAAAACUGGUGCUCAAUGAAGCCAGAAACGAGGCCUAUUGUCUUCUACACGACGCUUAUUUACAAUUUUUGAAAAGUGUGGCCAAUCGUGAGGAUAACUCGGUGUUUAUCGACAAGUUCAAUAUUUACAACCAUCUUGAAGAAUCGGGGAGUAUGCCUAUCUCUAGCGGUAACUAUUGUUUCAGUACCCCUCCCCCAACUUCUGGCUCUUGUCAUAAUAAGCCACCAUCCAGUAAUAGCCGUGGUACUUCUAUGGAUGAGAUUCCUGGACUCGAUGUUUUUCUCAACAGUUCAAGGGUGUCGUCACCAGUGUAUCUCCAAUCGUCUAUCACUAGCACCGCCACCACCAAUACCGCCAAUUCAAGUUUGCCAUCAGUUUGCGAAUCACCAACCAAGCAUUCUUCUCCUUGUACCCCAAAUACCGUGGUAAACAGCCCAAUAGUGAUUCCAAGGAAAUUGUCGUGCAGUAAUAAUACUCGUGGAGAAAAGGUGAAAUCAAUGAUUAGUCAAAAACCCCGGUGGUCAGCGGGGCUCUCAAAGGAUGUUUCCAACGGUCCAAAGAUCGACAGUGGACGUCGUGAUUCCGGAUGGAAACGAGUUGGAAGAAAAUUGAAACUUUUUUGA